GACAUUUGAAUCCCCGAUGACCUUGAGGAUGGAACAAGAUUCCGUCCAGUAAAUAAAAUAUUUCUCGACUUCGUCGAAGCAGCCAAUUAGUGUUUUCUAGAAAGAAUAUAGCAAGAAUUAUACAUUUUUGUAGCCAAGAAUGCGCUCGUUACCCAGCGGCAGAUCUCAAGAAACAAAUAAUUCGCUAGUUCUGCCUAGCGGAGUUUACGUUUUAGACAAUGUGCAUUGGAACCAAUGAACCCAUUCGUUCAGAUAAUGCUUUUCAAAGGAGGUUGUAAUGCUUUAAAUGUUAAAUAGCACCUUUAUCAUAUUUGUCAAAAUCUGUUUUCGUCACACAUCUCUACUGAUAAAAUUGUGUAUAAAAUCGGUAGCAAGUUUGACCCUAAAUUAGUAAGGACUUCAGGAACCUUCAGAUUUAUUAUUUAUUACGGAGAAAGUGUUCUUUAGUGAUAUGCAUUGGUUGAUACGAAAUCAUUUUAGGUUUUACUGUUUGGAUAGUUUUCCAAAAAGAUGAAUAAGUGGAAAAAAUGAAUCCAGUGAUGGGAUUCUGGGAGAAAUUGCGGAUGAAAUUAGAUCGUGUUUCAUCAACUCAAACAUCAACAUCAGAGAAUCAUAAAACAGAAACCAACACAACUACACCUAACUGUACUGCAACUCAUUCGACAAAUAAUUCCGUUGCAACGCCAGUGACCGUGAAUGUCUAUGAUAUGUUGUGGAUAAAUGAUUACGUCAGUUCUCUUGGUAUUGGAGUUUAUCAUACAGGAGUUGUAGUUCAUGGAAUUGAAUAUUCAUAUGGUGGACAUCCAUUAACCAACUCUGGAGUAUUCUCUAUGUUACCAAGAGAUUCUGCUUAUUUAGGCGAAAAUUAUUCGUACAAAGUCACAUUGUCCAUGGGAUAUACAGAUUUUACAGCUUCCGACGUUCUUUUAUUACUGGAGAGUAUAACAACAGAUUAUCGUGGUGAUCAAUAUCAUUUAUUGAAUAAAAACUGUAAUCAUUUCUCUGAUACAUUUGUUCAGUUACUUUGUGGUCGAUCUUUGCCUAAAUGGAUAAAUCGAUUGGCUACAAUUGGUUCCAAACUUCCAUUUAUUGAACGUACACUACCAGUUGAAUGGUUGAAACCACAUCAACAGAUCUACCAUUUCAUACAUGAUAUACAUUUUUUUCUACAUUUUGACAAUAACAACAACAAAAAGAAAUACACGAAGAAAAUUAUUCAAAUAUAAAAAAGGAAUGAAAGUUUUAAUUGUUUGAUAAUGAGACUAUGAUUGAUGGACAACGCUGGAGUAAUGCUAAAGUGACUUUGAGAGAGUGUUCCCCUAAUAACUAGGACCAAAUGAUGGCUAUAAUUCAAUGUGUAGAAUUAGAAUUAUGAUUUACAUUUGAUGGUUAAGGUUUGGGAUUCGAUUUACAGUUUUCAUGCCAAAAUCUAAAACUUUUUAUUGUUAUACCUUAUUGGUUCGUUCAUAAAUUAUAGUCUCGUCAAUUGUUUGUUUAUUUUUUUACCAUUUACUAUCGAAUAUUUGUUUAAACAGAAAAACGCAUAUGCACACAUAAUACAUAUACAUGACGAUUGUUAACCUUCAGUUGUUUUGUUUUGUUUUUCUCUAGUAAGAAAACAAAUAGAAUUAUAAAUUGUAUUUUAGAUAUUUUCUAAAAGAAAAGAAGAACAAGAGCUUUACAUAUAUUCAUAACAAGUAAAUAAACUUGUUUCCAUUGAAUUUGUUCAAUAAAUCUGUUUUUACAUAUUAUCGUUUACUCAUUUAUUACAUAAUUCAUAAUAGUUGUAUUCUUAUUUUUUUCAAAAUUUAAUCAAUAUAUAUUUAUAUAUAAUUGUUGCCAUAGUUUCUGUUUUGGUAUUUCUUUUUUUUUUCUUUAGUUCAUAUGACAGGGUUCUCAAUUCUUUCCUUUUAAUCAAUUAGUAUUAAUAUAGUUUUUGUUCAAAUCAUUUUCUUUUUUCUUCUUCUUCAAUCAUUUAUGUUAUAAUUUAUGUAACUAUCGGAGCAUCAUGUCAGAAUGUUCAAUUUUCAAACAAACCAAAAAGAGCGGUACAAUUUAAAUUGAUCAAUAUUCUAUUGUUUCUUUAGUUUCCUUUUUAUGUUGUUUUAAUAAUUAAUGAUUUAAUCUAAUUAUAUUGGUAUUGCUGAAUUCAAGAUCAGUUCAUGGUUAUUUGACAGUAUUGUUCUCUUUUCUUUUCUUUUCUUUUUUAAUGGAUUUUUUUUAUAUAUUUGUCUUUCAAAAAGAAUAAAAAAAUUCAUCUUUGAACUCGAGCUCUAAUGGUAAUGCAUUUAUUUGUUUAUUCAUAUUCAAUUCAAAUGGUUUAAACAAAAAUUAAUGGAAGUUUAUUUGUUUAUUAUGUCUGUCAAUCAGUUUUGUUUGAAUGUUGUUGUUGUUGUUUUUUGUUGGUUUGUUUGUUUGUUUUUUAUUUAUUUUGGAUUAUACGUUUGAUUAGUUCAAUUUAGGUUUUCUUUUCAACAAAACAAACUGUAUUAUCCAUAUGCCUGGGUUUUCAGUUCCUUUAUGCGGUGAUGCAAUCUGUACACAAACACAUACACAUACACACAAUCACACGCUUAUAUAUGCAUAAUAAUGAACUAUUCUACAAUUUAUUUGUUAACAAAGAC